AUGCCCAAUACGGCGCCCGUACCGGUCAUCAUUACCAAUCCCAACAAGGUAGGUCGGAAAAUGCGAAAACACAGUGGGCGGAGUCGAAAUCUCCGCUGUUGUGACGUCAUGGGAACGGCAGAGUUCUAAGAGCGUGAAUAAGAGGGCUUAUUAAAGGCGCAGGCCGUAUUGCCAUAGGUCUUUGAGAUGAUUCAAAUUCUCACUUUAAGCGCAUUUUUUUUCUGCGCGAAAGCGGCGCGGUGCAUGCACACGACACACGAAACUUUACGGAGCAAAAGUGGGCGGGGCUUCGGCGAAAAAACGCCGUGGAAUUUGAACACACAGGGAUUUUUGUUCUUGAUCAAAUUUGGCUCGAAGGGUAUUUUAUGACCUUCCGAACCCGAAAUAAAUAACAAUUUCGACGUUUUUUCAGAUAUAACUGACCACGAAGAAAUUUCAAAAUAGUUUUUUGGCACAAUUUUUCUGAAAUGCCUUGAAAUUUUCAAUAGCCUUGAAUCAACUCAACUCUGGUAGAAUAUACCAAGAGAUUCAUAAUAAUAAAUUGUUGAAACUUUUCAAGUUUUUUUUACUUCAAAAGACUCGAAGAACCCCUCCGAAAACAAGCAACAACGCAUACGAACAGGGAUCGCAAUGAAAGUUAUAUUUUUGUGAAAGUUUCAAAUUUUUACCAAUACUCAUAUUCUCAUAUCAUUUCUAUUCAUAGCAACUUUGAAACCUAGGAAUGACGGGUGAAAUUGGAUAAUCAACAAAAUGAUCAAUGAAAUGAGAGGGAAUCAAGAUGAACAAUCUCCAUAGACGAAUCGAGAAAGGGUGUCGCGAGACCCUUUGGGGUGUUUCGAAGGGUCUGAAGUCUAACCAUGGUACCACGGGUAUAGUCAAUCUUUCCCGACUUGAAAGGCGAGGGAGGCGGGCGAAGGGGCGGGACGCGUAGCGGUUGCGUACGCGGUUCUUGGCACGAGUUCAAUUCAAGCGCCAGCGAGCAUUCAGAGAGCUUAUUUAUCGCUCUUUUCACUCCUUUUUAAUUAUUUAUUGAUUAUGUUCAAGUGUGCAUCAAAAAUAGUAGAAAAUACAGAGAAAGAGCGGUUUCCGAGCUUUUCGAAUAGUCGGCGGCGAUUAAAUUGAAGUGGCUCCAAAAACCGCGUACGCACACGCUACGCGUCCCGCCCCUUGCCCCGCCUCCCUCGCCUUUCAAGUCGGGAAACAUUGACGAUUCCACGGGUAUACUUCUGAGCAUGCGUGUGAUGACCCUGUUGGGUGUCGGUCGCCCCCCUAUUUUCUCCGACAUAACUUUCGCACGUAUGCUUCUGAGGAGUUUGAGCAAAAUGGGAUGGACUUCACCCUCAAGUGCCUCCGAUAUGGCUCACUAGAGAACGUUUUUACCGCCUAUAGGGGCCACUUUUGCAGUCUUUAGUGUCACCUAUAAGGGUUGGUAAAGUGGUCACUAGAGUGGACCCUUUAAGAGCCCCUAAGGUUACCCCUAUAGGAACCACUCUAGAGUUUCUGAGCCACCAAAAGUCCACCCUAUUGUUUUGAAAAAAAGAAGGAAUUUUCAGCCAUUAAUUGUGAAGCCUGACCGGAUCGUCAGUGGAAACGGAAACUCCUAUGCGGUCACUGUUCUACCGCCCCUGAUUCCUACGACUACUACGAAUACGAUGGCCAAAGUUCUCCGACCGAAUCGACCUCUGAACUUGACCAUCGCCGCCCCUGUCUCCACCAACACUAUAAGGGUCACUAUUUGUGCGCCGACGUGUCUUGGGAAUGCCAGGUUUUCUUUUAUGCAUCAAUAAAAGGUUGAGAUUUCCAUUUCACUCGAUAGAAAUCGAAAAACUAGGUCUCCCUGUCCCUAGACGAAAAAGGAGAGAUUUUUGACCCUAGACUUGAAAAUUUUGAAAAAUUACGCCUUCAAAAGUGUGCCUAUAGUGGUAAAACUGUUAACGGAAAAUUUAGAAGAUCUCUUUUUCAGAGACGAUUUUUAGAAAGCAAAGUGGUCCCUAUAGGGGGAAAAUUCAGGUGGACCCUGAAGGGGUUUAGGGUCUGACUCCUUAGCCGCUAAAGAUAAAGUGGUCCCUGUAGGGGUUUUCAACUUUUGUCCAGAUUUGAAAAAGAAAAAGAAAAACUUGAUCGUUUUAACCUUUUUUGAUAUUUUCACUAACUGACACCCCUUAAGGGACCACUUUUGUGGGCUUGUGUGGUCCCUAGAGGGGUCUCUUCAAAGUCGCCCCUAUAGGGACCUCUUUGGCAUUCCUAAGACGGGUUUUAGGAGCUUCAGGUAGUUAUUUUUUCAUCCAAAAAUGUCGAGAAUAAUAAAAUGCUGUUUCAAGCGAUAGAGAAGAUCAUGAGGAACUCGAAAAAGGGCUCAAAUGUCCUUAGACGAAAAAAAAAAAAUAAAUAUUUGACUUUGAUUAAAUGAGAAACGGAAAAAUACGUUUUCUCAGGCACUCAAGAAUCUCUCCCACGGUUGAAAUUCGGGAACCCGGGUAAAAAAAAUCGACAUUUCUAUCGAUUUUCUCCUUUCUUAAGGGCAAUAGUUCAAAGAGUCUGAAAGAUUUUUUGGAAAUUUUCGCCGAUUUCGUUGAAAAAAGUUCAUUAGAGAUGGUCUGAUGAUAAUUUUGAACAUCUCGGCAUGACAAAAAAAGGAUUUUAUGAAUUCGUCAAACUUGAAGCUUUCAGAUGUGUCCAAGGGAACUGCCAAUGUCAAGCUCCUGGCUACAGCUACAGUAUCAGCAUUGGAUGUGUACCCAAGCUGUCCGCAGUAGCUACGGUAGCUACAGUAUCCCCAAGUAAAACGCCAAGCAAAACGGUACCUUUUGCCGCCGUUCCUGUACCUGUUCAGAUGGUCUCGCCGCAGGUAUCGAUUUUUUGAUAAUUGCUCUCUUUUGAAGACCCAACCUCUGAUAUUUUAUUUCAUAUUUUGAUUAUCGAGCAGCAAACUUGCUCCAGCGGGCACAGUACCCUUUCGCGUUGAUUACUCGACUAUGAUCCUUGAAUUUCAUCUGGAAAAAAAGCCAAUAAAUGCAGCGUUAUUAAAGGAUCAUGCUCACGCGCGAUUGAACAUCGACACGAAAGAUACAGUAACCUGGGGGCGAGUUAGCUGCUUAACAUUCGAAAUCUUUACAGAUUUUAUCGAGAAAAUUUUGAAAAUUAGAUAAUUUAAUAGUGAUUUUGAACGGAAAAUUGGUUGAUUUUCAAUUUUUAUAAAAUAUUUUCGGAAUUAAUAACGAAAAAGUCAGUUGAUAUUAAAACAUUUUGGAAAAGCCGUCAAAAAUAAGAAGUCUUCAAAAUUUGAAUGCGAAAAACCUUUGUUUUUUAAGAAGUGAUUUUUCAAUUUUUCUUGCCCUCUUAAAGCCCGAAAAUGGCCCGUUUCUUUCUGAAUACUUUAUCAUAGUUUUCAGGGCAUGGUUUUACUUAUUUUAAUUCAAUUUUCUGUUGAUAAAAGUGUGACAAAGUCCAGAAAACCUGUCAAAAAUGUGUCAAAAUAACAUUUUCCUCAGGCUCUACCUGGCCAGCCGUGCUCACCUGGUACCGAAUGCACGGGUGGAUCUGUCUGUAGCGUCGGGACUUGCGUUUGUCCUCCAGAGUUGGAAACGGUUUGAAUUUUUUUCGAUUUAUUCGCCCCUGGUUUAAGAAUAAACAAAAAGAAAAUUGGAAAAAUGGGAAUUUUCAAGUUUUAUGCCAUGUUCAUGGAUAUGUUGGCGGAAAAGAAAAGACAGUGAGAAAGAGAAAAAGAUAGCGAAAAAUUCGGAAAGCCAGAUUUAAUUUCGAAUUUCGCUUGAACCUACUGAACGCGGAAAAAAUGUAGUUUGAAAUUCGCACUUGAAAUGGCUUGACCGCAACGCUCGCCGAGCCAUUCCAAAUGCGGAUUUUUUUUUCGCACAAAAUUAAUUUUAGUUAUUUUUUCUAAAGGAAUGUUCCCACUUUGAAACUAAUCAAAAAAGGACAAAAUUGAAAAAAAAAAUGGCAAAAGCGAACUUGUUAAGUAAUAUUUUCAGUCGGAAGAAAGGAUAAUGGCCGCUAAAAGGCAGCAAAAUGGUCCCCUUUUUUCUAGCCUUCCACUCUUUCUAUGAUUUCAAAGGCUCAAGAAAUGGUCGAAAAAGGGAGAGGCAGCUAAAAUGGUGCAUGAGGGCUGAGAAAAUGGCGAAAAAAGGUAGCAAAACAAGAACUUUUGUUACCCCAAAAGGAACUUUUCUAUGCAUCUUUUUUUCAGCUUUUCCAACUUUGCCUUUGAAGAAACUUACAAAUACGGUUAGAAACAGUGCUUCUCCUUUUUUGAACCAGUCUUUAAAUCAAGAAAUCCCUAAAACCUAGAUUUUAACACCUUUAAAUCUCUAAAAACACGUUUCAGUCAUUUUUAACAUAACAUAUCAAUUGUCUAGAAACCCGCCGAAAUACGUUUCAAACAAUAUAUUUUUCUUCAUUUCUCUCCUUUUCAUUCAGUGCAUCUUCCAUCCACUAGGUAAUAAAUGCCUUCCAUCGAAUCGAAAAAAUCUAGCGAGGACUUUUUGGAAAACGGGAGAGGCACCAAAAAUGGUGCAAAACAGCCGAUGAAAUGGCGCGAAAAGGUAGAAAAAAGGUACCUUUGUCACCUUAAAAAGAACAUUUCUAUGGAGCCUUUUUCCAAGCUUUCGACUUUAACUAUGUUUUUUUUUUGUGCUUCUCAGCCUUCCAAUCGAAAUUCCAUUUGCAGAACGGCGCCGUCUGUGUUUCCCCAGCCAUUUAUGGGUUCAAAGCGCGUGGUCUUCCCG